AUGAAGUGUCAGAGAAGCAGCUCCCCACCCUUCAGAGUACCGGCUCCCCACCCUACAGAGUACCGGCCCCCAAACUACAGAGUACCGGCUCCCCACCCUAUAGAGUACCGGCUCCCCACCCUACAGAGUAGCAACUCCCCACCCUACAGAGUACAGGCUCCCCACCCUACAGAAGUACCGGCUCCCCACCCUACAGAGUACCGGCUUCCCACCCUACAAAGUAGCAGCUCCCCACCCUACAGAGUACCGGCUUCCCACCAUACAGAGUACCGGCUCCCCACCUUACAGAGUAGCAGCUCCCCACCCUACAUAGUACCGGCUUCCAACCCUACAGAAUACCGGCUCCCCACCCUACAGAGUACCGGCUUCCCAUCCUACAGAAUACCAGUUCCCCACCCUACAGAGUACCGGCUCCCCACCUUACAGAGUACCAGCUCCCCACCCUACAGAGUACCGGCUUCCCACCCUACAGAGUACCGGCUCCCCACCCUACAGAGUACCGGCUUCCCACCCUACAGAGUACCGGCUUCCCACCCUACAGAAUACCGGCUCCCCACCCUACAGAGUACCGGCUUCCCUCCCUACAGAAUACCGGUUCCCCACCCUACAGAGUACCGGCUCCCCACCUUACAGAGUACCAGCUCCCCACCCUACAGAGUACCGGCUUCCCACCCUACAGAGUACCGGCUCCCCACCCUACAGAGUACCAGCUUCCCACCCUACAGAGUACCGGCUUCAAACCCUACAGAGUACCGGCUUCCCACCCUACAGAAUACCGGCUCCCCACCUUACAGAGUACCGGCUUCCCACCCUACAGAAUACCGGUUCCCCACCCUACAGAGUACCGGCUCCCCACCUUACAGAGUACCAGCUCCCCACCCUACAGAGUACCGGCUUCCCACCCUACAGAGUACCAGCUCCCCACCCUACAGAGUACCGGCUUCCCACCCUACAGAGUACCGGCUUCCCAACCUACAGAGUACCGGCUUCCCACCCUACAGAGUACCGGCUUCCCAACCUACAGAGUACCGGCUCCCCACCUUACAGAGACCUGCUUCCUUGUGGUCUCCAUGA